CGCGCGGUCCGCACGUGCGUCUAGCGUGCCUUUCUAUCGUGCUUCUACUAAAUGUUUCCGUACGAACUCGAAAUAGGUCUAUAUUCAAGUGGAACAAAUUAAUAUUAACAGAAAUUGAUUGUGUUUCUAUUUCGUGCAGGACAAGAGUAGUUCGAUUUAUUGUUCUGGUAGUUAAACUUAUACCUAAUGUGUAAUGAAUGAAUGACUUCAGUGCUCUAUCAAUUAAAGUUGAAAUUGUAUUAUUUUCUAUUUCCUCCGCAGAUUAAUUAGAACUUACAUGGGACCGGAACGUUUAAAUUAAUGUAUGUUUAUUAAACCCAAUUCGUUUCGUUGGAUGGAAUAUGUCUAUGGCAGCUAAUUAAAUAUUUAAAUGAGACCAGAAAACCUCGAGUCUCCGCUGUCAGUUCCUCGCGACGCAAAGAACAGCAUUUACAUUAUGAAUGAUCAGACAUUUCACACACCAUCCUUUGGCGACGAAGAGUUUGACAUUCCACUGAUUCAUGGACAGCAUGCUGCUAACACAGGCGUUCAAAACUCUCACAUACAGUACACGCAGUUACAUCAUUCGGCUCCACAGGUUGGUAUGAUGAACCCGGCACAAGAUGGCCUAGCACCACCUGGCGGUGCUCCCUCUUAUCAGCAACCGCUAUACCUACAAGAACCACAUACUCCAGUGACAUCACACAGAUCUGCAUGGAAACACACUGACAAUGUCAUGAUUAAAAUUGGCGCUGGUGCACCAGCUGGGAACUACAUGAUCCAGCAACAGCCUGGAGGACAACAAAGGUUAUUGAUGCUACAGCCAACCCAAGUCAUGAAUGGACCACCAACUCCUAGUACUCCCACACAGCCAUCAGCUCCAGUAUAUGGAUCCCCACAGCGAGCUUCACCCCCUGGCACUACCAGCGAUGACUCUGAUGAUAGCGUGCCUUCACACCAUUCACAGAUGAGUGUUGGCAACAUGGCAGUAAAAAGAUCAUCACCUGAACCAAUGGAUAAUGGAAUUAAUCGUGGACAGAUGCAGAAAAAGCCUAAAGUUCAGAAAAAGAAAAAGAAACGAGACCCUAAUGAACCUCAAAAGCCUGUCUCCGCAUAUGCUUUGUUCUUUCGAGACACCCAGGCCGCAAUCAAAGGUCAAAAUCCAAAUGCAAGUUUUGGUGAAGUGUCUAAAAUCGUAGCAUCUAUGUGGGAUGGAUUAGACUCUGAGCACAAAAGUGUCUAUAAACAGAAAACAGAAGUAGCUAAAAAGGAAUAUCUCAAAGCACUUGCUGCUUACAGAGCCAGCCUGGUAUCAAAGGGAGGAGAACAGGAAAGUCAGCCGAUGUAUAAUCACACCAAUAGUGCCAAUCCAACUUAUGGUAACUAUUACCAGGGACAGACGUAUGGUAAUGGUCAUUCGCCUCAGGGGUAUGCGCCAAACCCUGCUUCACAGGGAUAUUCUCCACAAAACUACUCAGGAAACCAGAAUCAGGCCUCCUAUCCACCUCAGACGCCUCAGGGCUACCCACCAAACCCUCAGCAGUCACCUCAAAACUAUCAAGGCAACAUGAGUCUCACUCCUCAAACAUACCAGCAGGGUGUGCCCAAUCAAUCCCCUCAGGGUUAUCAAGUGAACCCCUCCACUUCACCACAAGGUUGCCAGCCUAAUCUUGCCCAAUCACCAAGGAACUAUCAGCCUGCACAAUCCCCUACUAACUACCCAAACAAUUCGGCCUUAUCACCCCCUGGAUACAGACAAGUGCAGUCACAGUCCCCUCCCAUGGGCUCAGUGCAUGCUGCCAUGCAAUAUCAUCACUCUCAACAGCAGCAUAUGCAGCAGACCCACCAACAGAUGCAGCAAGCUCACCAAGUACAGCAGUACCAACAGCAGCAGCAGCAACUUCAUCAGCAACAACAACAGCAGCAGCAGCAACAACAACAGCAGCAGCAGCAACAACAACAACAACAGCAGCAGCAGCAACAACAGCAGCAGCAGCAACAACAGCAACCAACACAACAACAAAAUCAAAUUCAGAAAUCUGAUCAGCAAUCUAAUAACAAUGGAAAUUCUGGAGUCCCACAACAAUCAGCCGAUCAAAAUGAAAACCGAAGUACACCAUCAUGUAUCCGGCAAGGGUGUACUAACCCAGCUAUUGCUAACAGUGAAUGGGAAGAUGAAUACUGCUCUAAUGAAUGUGUUGUUAGCCAUUGCAGAGAUGUCUUCAGUUCCUGGGUGGCAUCCAAUAACAGUAACCAAAUUCAAAACUUUUCUGCAGUCAAAUAAACAUCGUAACUACAUAGGUACAUAUCAAAUUUAAUAAAUUCAGUCUUGUAUGAACUUCAAGAAUAAAUCUCUAAUGUAUAAGAAUCUUUGGAUUUAUUGUUUAAGUAUUUUAUUAAUUUUAUAUGUUGUGAUAAUUGGAAUCCUUAAGAUUAUCUGUUAUGAAUUUAUUUAAGUGUGGAACAGAUUUGUUAUUUUAUUAUGUUGUACAUUUUUGUGAAGGUCUAACCAGGCUUAUCUGUGCCAUAUUACUUACAAAGUUAGGACUACUUUAUUAAUUGACUAUGCUAACAUUAGCAUAAAAAGGGUUUUAUUGACAUUCAAAUAAAGACAAGAUUAAAAGGAUAUGGCACAGCUGCAUGUUGUUAAACCUGACUAGUUAAUUUUACUAAAUUUGUUAGAAAUUAUAUUAACUUUAAUUUUCAUUUGCUGGAAUUUUAGAAAAUCAUCCCAUAACUACACUUAUUUUUAAGUAAUAAAUUGUGUAAACUUUUAAUAUUAAAUUUACAGAAAAUUACUUACAGUUGGUAAUUGCGUGGUAUCUAGACAAAACUGAAGAGAAACUAUUAUCAACAAAAUAUCUUAAUAAAUAUUGUAUCAUGCAAUCAACAAAGAAACAUGCAUGCCUUAACUAACUUUGAAAAUUUUCUGUAUCACUCUUCCAGUAAUCACGUAUUGUAAAGAUACCAAGUUUUGUAAAACAAUCAAAGGCGGUACUGGAUUCAAUAAACACUGAAUAAUUUAAAAGUGUCAUUUUUAUCCUAAAUAUGUAACUACUUUAGUUAUGAAUAUCUUCAUUAUAUUUAUUCUUUACUUUACUUUAUUCUUUACUGUUCCAUAGUUUUGUUGUUCUUAUAACACAAAACAAGGUACUGCCUUUGAUUACAACACAAAGCACAGUGGAGUAAAGUGUAAAAUAUUUUUUUAAACAACCCUCAUGUUUCGGAUAGUUAUUUGCCGAAAUAUUCAUAUAAAGGACUGUUAGAUAAGACAAAGUUUCAUAAUAAUAAUACUCUUACACAUUAGAUGAUAUUAAAGUUAAUUGAAUGCAAUAACGUUAUGAGUACUAUGAUGAGUGCUAAAAAUACUUCCAUUAAUUUCAUAUUUAUUCUAAAGUGUUAGUGUAUCUAUAUAUUACCUAAGUCGUUCGGAUAACCGAGAGGCAGUGCAUUAUAAUUAUAUUACAUUAUAAAAAAUGUUGUGUAUUAAUUUGCAGUAUUUUGAAGUUAAAUUAUUAUUAUUUAACUGUAGCAUUUAUUCUUCUUCUAAAAUGUUAUUAUGGCAAUUGUCAUCGCAACGCGUCUUUGAGGCUAUAGAGCAGACGUCGUAUUAGAUUUCGAAAAUUAGCACCUAUUAUGGCGUAGGUGAGGUUAUACUAAAUGUUAAUAUCAAUAUUAACGAUAAAUUUUACGAUUGUAUCGUAUUUUGCGUAAACUUAGUAAAUACAUUACGGUUAUUAUUAGCAAGUUUUAAUACUUUACUGCAUUGUAAAAUUCUAAUUAUGAAACUAAUAGCAAUAUCUACCCAUUUCUCUAGGAGUUGCGUUUAGUAUGAUAGGAUUUAGCUGGACCAAAAUUUUCUUUAUAUUCAAAGCAAUGAUAAUAUUUUAAGAUAAAGUAUGUUUUAUUGUAUGUCCAAUACCUUAUGAUAUAGUGAUGUAAUUGUAAAUAAACACUCGCAAUAAUAGACGUAGAUGUAGAGACUACAUAAGGCAUAUUUUUUUUAUUUCAUGUUAUUUAUUAGUAGUCUCUUUAGUACGACUUUAUUUAGAUAAAAGUUAUAUUAAAAAUGUAAGAUAUAACAAUGUAUAAAUUGUAAUUAGAAAAAUGAUUCCAUUAAAUUUCUUAAACGCAAA